AGGAGCCUGGGCCAGACCUACCUGUGGGUCUUGGAGGGUCUCCUGAGGAGACAGGGGUCGGCUGUGGCUCAUUGUGGGGGCAAGGACACUGGUGACAGAGGCCCCAGGAAAUAUUCAUCAGUGUGAGCUCUCCUGGGGGUUGCCAUUUUGGCACUGAGACCCAGCCCCACCCAACAGCCUGCAGGCUCCAGUGCUGGGACACCUCAGGCCAAACAACCAACAAGGUGGGAACACAGCCCCACCCAUCAGCAGACAGGCUGCUUAAAGUCGUCCUGACCCCACAGCCACCUAUAAACACACCUCUUGACACGGCCCUCCCACCAGAGGGACAAGACCCAGCUCCACCACCAGUGGGCAGGCACCAGUCUCUCCCACCAGGAAGCCUGCACAAGCCCCUGGAAAAACCUCACCCACCAGAGGGCAGACACCAGAAGCAAGAAGAACUAUAAUCCAGAUCAUCCAGACAGAAAAUCAAUACGGAAACACAGGCCUUAAAUGACACAUUAGACCAAUGGACUUAAUUGAUACUUAUAAAACAUUCCACCCAAAUGCAGCAGAGUACACAUUCUUCUUCAGCGCACAUGGAACAUUCUCCAGGACUGACCACACGCUGGGCCACAAAGUGAGCCUUGGUAAAUUUAAGAAAAUUGAAGUCAUAUCAAGCAUCUUCUCUAACCACAAAGCUAUGAAAUUAGAAAUCAAUCACAAGAAAAAAAACCCUAAAAAACACGAGGAGGCUAAACAGUAUGUUACUAAACAACCAAUGGAUCACUGAAGAAAUCAAAGAAGAAAUCAAAAAAUACCUAGAGACAAAUGACAGUGAAAACACGAUGAUUCAAAACCUACGUGACAUAGCAAAAGCAGUUCUAGGGGAGAAGUUACAGCAAUACAAGCUCACCUCAGGAAACAAGAAAAAUCUCAAAUAAACAACCUAACCUUACACCUAAAGCAACUAAAGAAAGAAGACACAAAACCCAAAGUUAGUAGAAGGAAAGAAAUCAUAAACAUCAGAGCAGAAAUAAAUAAAAGACAAAGAAAAGAAUAGAAAAGAUGAAAGAAUUUAAAGCUGGUUCUUUGAAAAGAUAAACAAAAUAGAUAAACAUUCAGCCAGACUCAUCAAGAAAAAAAGGAGAGGCCUCAAAUCAAUAAAAUUAGAAAUGAAAAAGGAAAGACUUCCCUGGUGGUCCAGUGGUUAAGACUCCACGCUCCCAAUGCAGGGGGCCUGGGUUUGAUCCCUGGUUGGGGAACUAAGAUCCCGUAUGCUGCACCAUGGGGCCAGAAAAGAAAAACAAAAAAACAGAAGAAGAAGAAGAAAAAAGAAAUGAAAAAGGGAAGGUUACAACAGGCACUACAGAAAUACAAAGGAUCAUAAGAGACUACUACAAGCAACCAUAUGCCAAUAAAAUGGACAACCUAGCAGAAACGAAGAAAUUCUUAGAAAGGUAUAAUCUUCCAAGACUGAAUCAGGAAGAAAUAGAAAAUAUGAAAGACCCAUCACAAGUACUGAAAUUGAAACUGUGAUUUAAAACUUACAACAAACAAAAGUCCUGUACCAGAUGGCUUCACAGGCGAAUUCUAUCAAACAUUUAGAGAAGAGUUAGCACCUAUCCUUCUGAAACUAUUCCCAAAAAUUGCAGAGGAAGGAACACUCCCAAACUCAUUCUACGAGGACACCAUUACCCUGAUACCAAAACCAGUCAAAGACACCACACAAAAAAGAAAAUUACAGGCCAAUAUCACUGAUGAACAUAGACGCAAAAAUCCUCCACAAAAUACUAGCAAACAGAAUCCAACAAAACAUUAAAAGGAUCAUACAACAUGAGCAAGUGGGGUUCAUCCCAGGGAUGCAAGGAUUUUUCAAUAUUUGCAAAGCAAUUAGUGCAAUACACCACUUUAACAAAUUGAAUAAAAACCAUAUGAUCAUCUCAAUAGAUGAAGAAAAAUCAUUUGACAAAAUUCAACACACAUUUAUGAUAAAAAAACUUUCCAAAAAAUUGGCAGUGAACCUACCUCAACAUAAUAAAGGCCAUAUACAACAAACCCACAGCUAAUAUCACACUCAACAGUGAAAAGCUGAAAGCAUUUCCUCUAAGAUCAGGAAGAAGACAAGGACGUCCACUCUCGCCACUUUUAUUCAACAUAGUUUUGGAAGUCCUCGACAUGGCAAUCAGAAGAAAAAGAAAUAAAAGGAAAAGAAAUAAACUGGAAAAGAAGCAGUGAAACGUUCACUGUUUGCAGACCACGACACCAUACAUAGAAAAUCCUAAAGAUGCUACCAGAAAACCACUAGAGUUCAUCAGUGAAUUUAGGAAAGUUGCAGGAUACAAAAUUAAUACACAAACAUCUCUUGCAUUUCUAUACACUAACAAUGAAAGAUCAGAAAAAGAAAUUAAGGAAAAAAUCUCAUUUACCAUCGCAUCAAAAAGAAUAAAAUACCUAGGAAUAAAUCUAUCUAAGGAGGCAAAAGACCUGUACUCCAAAAACUAUAAAACACUGAUGGCCUUGCAGACGCCGCCACCCCAGAGCCUCCCGCGCAGCACAGCCAUGGUCAACCCCACCAUGUUCUUCAACAUUGCAAUUGACAGCGAGCCUUUGGGUUGCAUCUCCUUUGAGCUGUCUGCAGGCAAAGUUCCAAAGACAGCAGAAAACUUUCAUGCUCUGAGCACUGGGGAGGAAGGCUUUGGUUAUAAAGGUUCCUGCUUUCACAGAGUAAUUCUGGGAUUUAUGCGCCAGGGUGGUGACUUCACACACCAUAAUGGCACUGGUGGCAAGUCCAUCUAUGGGGAGAAAUUUGAUGAUAAGAAUUUCCUCCUGAAGCAUACGGGUCCUGGCAUCUUGUUCAUGGCAAAUGCUGGCCCCAACACAAACGGUUCCCAGUUUUUCAUCUGCACUGCCAAGACUGAGCGGUUGGAUGGCAAGCAUGUGGUCUUUGGCAAGGUGAAAGAGGGCAUGAAUAUCGUGGAAGCCAUGGAGCGCUUUGGGUCCAGGAAUGGCAAGACUAGCAAGAAGAUCACCAUUGCUGACUGUGGACAAAUCUAAUAAAUUUGACUUGUGUUUUAUCUUAACCACUGGACCAUUCCUUCUGUAGCGCAGGAGAGCAUCCCUUCACCCCCAUCUGCUCAAAAUUUCCUAUAAUCUUUGUGUUCU